UGUGGAAAAUAGGAGUGUAUUAGUUAUCUACAUGCAUAGAACUUUGGUAUCUUUGGGGGUCGACACUUUGGCAAACGUGAGAUCGUUGGUGACUGGCCUGCGUCGGGCAUUCUUGACCUUAUGGACGACCACCACGACCACCGCGAUGACCACCAUGGCCACCGUCAUUAAGAUAAAUAUCGCUUGCGUAGUGCCUGUAGACGUGAUAGGAACAUGGGCGUCUUGGCCAGCGGGGGGCUCGGGCAGGAACGACAGCGGGUUGUGGUCAGGCAUGACAAAGCUCGAAUAAUAUGGCGCGGGGACUGCGUCUGGCAGAGGGGCGUAUGGUCCACUGACGGUCACAUUGCCAUCGACGUCUGCAAACACCGUUCCAUUUCCGUCGUCUUCCGUGUCCAGAACGCUGUACGCCUUCGAGUACACGUCCCCACUCCCAAUGACAACCGCCGUCGAAGUGUGGCAAUCCACAGAGUUGGCAAAGACAUUUCCACUUCCGCUCGAUUGUACAUGCCCCAUAUGGCACUGACCAGCAUUGACAAACACAAUGUCGCCGUCGCCGUAGACUCGACCAAACAGCGACACCGUCGAGAGCACGCUGUCGGCCCUCCCGUCGCCCACGUACACACUACCGCUUCCAGCCGUCAUGGCCGUGAUCGAGUUGGUGGUCGUAUUGCCGUUGAGCAACGCAAUAGACCCCCUGUCCACGGACACGAGGGUGAUCUCCCCCGCGACUAGCGACUCGAAAACGCUGAGUUGAAUCAAUCCGGCCCCGCGGGUUUCGAGGCGAAAGUGAUGCGCCUCGACGGUGGCGGUUUCAGCGAUGAUGGUGCCCUCUCCGGUCGCCACGAUCGACACGUCGGCUACCACGUCCACGCUGAGGGUGUUGGUGUAGACCACCGUGUCAUGGUCCGAGUCUGCGUACAGGUGCUGGAGCGACUGGGUUGGCAUGUACACGUCAAUAAAGUAGUCGCCCCGCAGCAAGCCCCGAGGAUUUGACUCGACGGCGACGGUCAACAGGGCUUCACCAGCAUCGUUGAUGGUUUCGUUGACUGUCAGUUCUCGUAACAGACUCGGGUUUGUCGCCCGAAACACCACCGACGGAUUCUCAUUCACAGUGUCUUCA